AUGGUUGCUGCAUCGAGGGAGAUAGACGAUUACUUGUUUAUGAAAAAAGGAUCUCUAUAUCUUGACUGGCCAACACGCUUCCAGAUAUGCUUGGGAGUGGCAAAGGGUCUGGCGUAUCUUCACGAGGAAUCUCGAGUCCGCAUUGUCCAUCGAGAUGUCAAGGCCAGUAAUAUUCUGCUUGAUGCAGACCUAAACCCUAAAAUUUCAGAUUUCGGAUUGGCAAAACUUUACGAUGACAAACAGACUCAUAUAAACACUCGUGUUGCAGGCACAAUAGGGUAUCUUGCACCAGAAUAUGCCAUGCGCGGACAUCUGACAGAGAAGGCUGAUGUGUUUGGCUUUGGAGUUGUAGCUCUAGAGAUUGUCAGUGGUAGACCAAACUCUGACGAGAGCUUGGAAGAAGACAAGAUCUACCUUCUUGAGUGGGCUUGGCAGCUACAUGAGAACAAGCACGAAACUGAGCUGGUGGAUGCAAAUCUCUCUGAAUUUGAUGUAGACGAAGUGAAAAAAGUAAUAAUGAUCGCUCUACUAUGCACUCAAACAUCCCCAGGAUUACGGCCUUCAAUGUCCCGUGUAAUAGCAAUGCUUACAGGAGAUGCUGAGGUUGCCGCUGUGACUUCCAGACCUGGAUACCUGACCGUCUGGAAAUUUAAAGAUACAACAAGCUUCAUGAUCGAUCAUUCUUCGCAAAUGCACAAUUCAUCAGAGGGUACAAGUACAGCCGCGACUACAAAUUAUUCACCAUCAGGUGCUGACACACCGAUGCUCACUGAUCAUUGGAGAGGGUAUAUGAAAUCUUGUAUAUUUGAUGAAGCUAGACAUCAGAUAAACAUUUAACCUUUUGUUUGCGCUUUGAAGAUCUCAUCUUUCUUGAGAUUCUUUCUG